CCGCAGCAACCGCUGAAAGCCUUUUAGAUGCUGUCAGGCAAGGAAGUGGGAGCAGCGACUCGAAAGGAACAAGGGCGGGGUGUUUAUAUAAGGGACUGUCUGCAGCAGUAUUUGGGUGACACGCAGGGAUGUGGAGACGAGGUUCCAAGGGGAAGGAGAAGAGCGAAGCCGAUGAGUCCACCUCCUCAGGGAGCGGCAUGUCUAAGAUUGAGAACAGCAUGGUGUCCAUCAUCCAGAUCUUUCAUAAGUAUUCAGGGCAGGAGUGCAAACUGAAGAAGGCGGAGCUGAAGGAGCUCAUCAACAAUGAGCUGUGCCACUUCAUACAGAAAAUCAGCGACCAGGAAACACUUGAUCAGCUUUUUCUGGACCUAGAUCAGAACGGGGAUCUGGAGAUCGACUUCCAGGAGUUUAUUGCUCUAAUUGCCAUGGUGACCUCUGCCUGCCAUGAGCUUUUCAUUUCAACACAACAUGAAUAGGAUGCUCAGAUAGAACUUGAACAUUGUCCAAGGUAAACAAUAAAGAGACCUUUCAGUAACAUUUUGAUUAACAUUAGACCCCCUUUGUGAGCCCUCUGGACUGGGGCAGAUUUUUGUGAAUGGAACAUUCCUCUAAAACUUUUGUUCGAAAUGAAGUUAAAAGUCCAUUUUCCGUUAUUUUUGAUAGACUUUCAACUAGAUGUCUUCCUUAUUCUGUGAAGAUGUUGAAGUUGCUAUUUUCUUCUGUGUCAUCUCUGGAUCAUAGCUAAUCUGUCCUUCUCUGGUAGGACUAUGGACAGGUGGUAUGUGUUUUUCUCCAGUCAGCCCUUUUUUGUGUCAACUUUGAACAGAAUGAUUACAAUUCAGCUUACUUUUAAUGUAGCCACACUACAAGUUAGAAAACUUAAAUACUUUGAAGUCAUUAAAUGCCUGGCAGGGAAACACCUGUUAAUAUGUACUGACCACAACGGUUUUACCUAGUAAAUUAUUUCUAAAUUAUGCCCACUACAGACUUUGUACUUAACCUCGUUACUACUCUUGAACUCCCUGCCUAUAGAACAGGAUUCUGAAAUUCAUCUCUGGAAGGACUGUUUCAGCAGAGUUUUACAACAGAAGCCAAUAAAUCCUGUUAUUUAGAUUUUACUCAACAGAGUAGUUUAAAUCAGUGUCAGACAUGCCUUCCACAGAAUCUGAAGGAAUUUCUUCCUGCUAUGCUAGUCAACUUUGUACCUGUAAACUGCUAACUUAACCAGACUUCUUACUUCCCUCUUUUUACAUCAUGGCUUCUACAGAAACAAUCUAAAUAGGUCUGGGAAAUUUUCCAAUUUGUGAAAUGUGGAGGCUGCUGCACAUUAUGUCAUAUAUGUUACUAAUAAUCAGGCGACCUCAGUCUGUGCACUGGUAACUGACUGUAUUACCGGAGACAGCAGCACUGAAAGUAAAAUAAAGGAAGGGCCUUGGAAUUGUACCAAGAGGGUUUAAUAUGUUAUGUUAAAGAUAUAGGAGUAUUAGAAAGAUCACGUCAAACACAAUGUACUGUGAUUGAAGUUAUGAUAGUUUACCGUUAAACCUAAAUGCAAACAAACAUAUUUUAAAGUUAAAAGACAAACCUAACCCCAAAUAUGGGUUUGUAGACACAAAGAUACCACCAGGCAGUGUGUUUAAGAAUCCUGCUCUAGAAUACGGCUCUUUGUGGGGUGUAUGCAUGUGCCAGGCAGGCACCUAGGGUUAGUAAUAGUACAUUUAAUAUGGAACAAUACCAAUAAAAAGUUUCAGGCUGGUUUCCA